UUGAGGAAAUUGCAAGUGGCAAUCUAAGAAGAAAAGUUUAAUUUCGUAAUCAUUAACGAAUUGCCCCACUCCCGUCACCAUCGUUCUUGCUUUCUGUAUUUUUACAUUUUUCAAUGGAAGUGCUUUAAGUAGAUUGAUAAGGGCAAAGGUAUUUCUGAUUUCACCGUGAAAUAGCACUGUCUCGGGUGGAGGAGGAUCGGUCAUGGCGAGUCAAAAUGAACAGGAAGUAUGGGACCAUGACGGGAAACGAAGGCCAGACUUCGUUCCAUGUUGUGACUACUAGUUGUGACUCGCUUUAUGGCCCGCAGCUUCCACCGAGGAGGUACGAAAUUUUUUUUUUCUUUCAAAAAAAAAGAGCUUGAACCCAUUUGUUUGAUCAUUCAGUGAACAACAUGGCCGUACCACAAUCGCCCUCGACGGACAAUCCAGUGUCUGCAAAGAAGAAUCAAAAAGUCAAAUAUCUGGUGAUCGAUACCAAUGCCAUCAUUAACGGCAUGACGCUCCGCAACGUAGCCGAGCAAUUUUACACUGUCCCGGAAGUCCUCGUAGAAGCACGCAGUGCUCACUCGCGCGAGUUCUUAACUCGUCUUCCUUUUGAAAUUCAAGUGGAAGAAGCUCCCGAAGCCUCAUAUAAAGCAGUGUUGGAAUUUUCGAAACUGACCGGUGAUUAUGCUUCCUUGUCUGUACCCGAUUUGAAGGUGCUUGCUCUUGCACACAGCCUGGAAGUCAAGGUGAAUGGUCAUGACAAUAUUCGCAAAGAACCUGUCAAGCCACGACCGAUCGGUGCCUUACCCACCGCACCGCCACCAAAACCUAAAUAUAUUCCAAAGAAAGCGCUCGCCGAACCUGUCGUUGAUGAGGACGGCUGGGAACAAGCAACCACCAAAAAGAAAUACCGAAAACCUCAACAUAAAGCACCUUCGACUCCUUCACCUGCCCCAGCGUCUCCCGCACCAGCCGAAUCGACCGUGGCAUCGGAAAAGGCUUCUGACGCUGCAAAGGAAUCAUCCGAACCUUCCGUUGCAGAGAUCACUGAAAAAUUCAAUGAUGUGGAAAUCAUCGUAGGUAACGGCGACGAAGAAGAUGACAGUGAUGACGGCGACUGGAUCACCCCCGAUAAUGUGGAUGAAUUCAAAGCAACCGAACUCGGUGUCACCCCAGAAGAACUGCGCAAUGUCGAUCAACUCGACGUCGCCUGUGUGACGAGCGAUUUCGCAAUGCAGAAUGUCCUUUUGCAAAUGAACUUGAACCUUGUUUCUGCCGGCGGACACCGUAUCUCCAAAAUCAAAAACUGGGUAUUGCGAUGCCACGCUUGUUUUGCUGUGACGAGUGAUAUGGAAAAGAAAUUCUGUCCUAAAUGUGGCAACGCUUCGUUGCAACGUGUUUCUUGCUCCACCAACAGCAAGGGCGAAAUUGCAUAUCAUUUGAAGCGUAAUUACAAAUACAAUCUCCGCGGCACCAAGUACGAUAUUCCUGUGCCCAAAGGAGGUAGAACCGCCACCAACAUUGUAUUGCGUGAAGAUCAGCGAGAAUACAUCAAAGCCAAGCAAAGUCAAUCAAAAAAGACGGUGGUGGACAUGUUUGAUCCCGAUUUUAUUCCGUUGUACGGCAAAAUGGAUCUUCGCACCACCAAUAACAAUAUGUUUGGUACGGAUGUGAUUGGAUUUGGACGAAAGAAUCCCAACACCAGUCGUCGUAGAACGGGAAAGAAGAAGAAGCACAGCCCUUAG